UUCGUUUUCCUUUCGUCACAGUGAGAACGUGUGUAACUGCUACCAUAGACGUUUAUUCAUUCAGCGAAACAAAAUUUUUUCAUUUGUCAGUUUGUUAAAAGAGAACAAUAUAGGGAGGGAACUAAUUGAAUGAUGCCAUUAGAAACUCUGAUUAAACGUUUUUUGGAGGAAUAAAAAUACCCCGGAAAACACACGUGAAGACAUAGCAAGAUGAAUGAGCAAGUAUUAUUAAAAGUACUUUGCGAUCGCCAGGGAGCAUUGGACUAUUCUGAUCUGGCAGACAUUGGUUGCGGAGCGGAAUUAAUCAGCUAUCUUGAUAAACCUGUUUUAAACGAUUCAUUUUAUAUCGCAAUGUGCAAUGGAAAAAAACGCAUUAUUGCGAAAACGAAAGUAAGGCGCUGCAAGGCUCCACAAUGUGACGGCUGCGAUGACUUACAUCUGUGUACAUUUUAUCUAUUAGGCGUCUGUAAGAAUAGUAGGGAGAGACGGAAAUGCGCCUUUGGUCAUGAUCUGCACUCCGAACACAAUUCCGGAGUUUUGAUGAGGAACAACCUUGAAAGACUGAGUAGACUCGAACUCCGACAGCUGUUGUUACAGAAUGACAACAGUUUCCUACCGCAGGUGUGCAACUCUUACAACAAAGGCACCGGGCCCUAUGGCCACUGCCCCGAUCAGGAGGAGUGUCGGAGGCUCCACCUGUGUGACAGGUACAUCACAGGAACCUGCCGCUCCGGAGGCGACUGCAACAGGUGUCACGACUUCUUCGAGCCCCACCCACGGAGAGUCCUGCAGAAGAGGGGAGUGGCCAACGAUCUUAUACCGUCCAUGUUGUCCACCUACCAGAAUAUCCUGGCCAUGAAGGGUAAAGGGGCCAGUGGAGCUGCUACCGGCAGUCAGCCAAAGAGCUGUCCUCACAGUGCAGGGAGGACAGAGAUCUGCCCAUUCUUUGUCAAAGAAGACUGCAAACAAGGAGAGAAAUGUUGGAGAGUCCACAGUAAAAUGCCUUACGUGUGGGAAGUAAAGGAAGGUUCGACUUGGUCCCCCCUGCCAGAAAAUGAAGCAAUCGAGAAAGAUUUCUGUGACCCUUGCAAGAUGUUUAGUGAGGGAUCCAGCCAUGUGUGUUUUGACUCCAUGACAUGUGGAUCAGGGGAAGUUCGUCGUCUGUGCACCAUCUCCUCUGUGCUUAAGCCCAAAUACUGCCUCACCACAAACUGGGAGUGGUUCUGGAAGGACGAGUGUGGCCAUUGGGUCAAGUACCCAUCAAUAAAAGAGAUGCAAAGGUUGUCAUCCAUCACCAGUGAAGACCUUGAGAAUAAAUACCAGGAGGAUCAAAGUGCUGUGUUGAAGUUUACUGCAGGCCAGCAGUCUUAUGAGUUAAGCUUCAGAGACAUGACACAAAGAAAUGAAAGAUACGGGACUAUAAGUAUGGUCAGACGACGUCCUGUUUUCGUUUCAGCUUCGGAGGUGCAAGCUAUUAGAAGCAGGAAAAUCAGACCACGUAACACCGUUCAAAAUUUCAUGGCUGUACCUGAAUUUUGGGAUAAGUCUGCAAUACCUGACAUUGGAUACAAGAGAGUAAGCCUUCUGGGAUCUGACAGGGACUAUCAGAAGGUCCUAGGACUUUUCAAGAAAACCAUGAGAGUCUUUAAUAUCAUUAGCAUCGAGAGGGUCCAAAACCGUGACCUCUGGGAAGUCUUCCAGUGGAAAAGAGACAGGAUGAAGAAAAACAAUGGGGAUAAAUACAGCAAGGAGCUAACUCUUUUCCACGGAACAGACCCAAAACAUGUAGAUGCCAUAUGCAGAGAUAACUUUGACUGGAGGCUGUGUGGAACAAAUGGGACUGUGUAUGGCCAAGGGAGCUACUUUGCCAGAGAUGCUAAGUAUUCACACAAGUUUACUGGUAACUCAGGAGAGAGGUCCAUGUUUUGUUGUCGGGUGCUUGUUGGUGACUACACAAAGGGGAACUCAGAGCUCCGCAGGCCCCCUUCAAAAGGCGAGGGAAACCCCUCUCUCUACGACAGCUGUGUUAACAAUGUCCAGAAACCUUCCAAAUAUGUGGUGUUUGAGAGGCACCAGGUGUACCCUGAGUUCCUCAUCAAAUAUAAUGAUGGUGCUGCGCCCAAGUUGUCUUUGGCUUCUGCUCCCCCGAGAAUGCUCUCUGUCCCAUCCAUUUCCUUAACACCACGAUCAGGCCUCACUCAAACCGUAGCUGCCACUACCAAAUCAAAAACAGUCUCAAUCCAGUCCACCUCCUUAACCUCAAGAUCCAACAAGACUCAAGUCAUAGCUUCUACUACCCCAUUGCAGAUAAUUCCAUCCACCUUCAGUCCAUCUCAAACUGCAGCCAACCUUACCUUUUAUAAAACAAAUUCUUAUCCCACUUUGAGUUCAGUCAAUCAGAUUCGCCCAAUACCUGCCCGAACCCCAUCUCCCAUCCCCAUGGAUUACACCACCUCAUUUACUUACCCCUCUCAUACAGUCAGUUCCACAGCCAGUGCCUUUAAGACAGUCAGUACCCGAGCCAGUACCUCCUCUAACACAGUCAGUACCCCAGCCAGUACCUCCUCUAACACAGUCAGUACCCCAGCCAGUACCUCCUCUAACACAGUCAGUACCCCAGUCAGUACCCAAUCUAACACAGUCAGUACACCAGUCAGUGCCCAAUCUAACACAGUCAGUACACCAGUCCGUGCCCAAUCUAACACAGUCAGUACCCCAGUCAGUGCCCAAUCUAACACAGUCAGUACCCCAGUCAGUGCCCAAUCUAACACAGUCAGUACACCAGCCUCCAAAAGACUUGCUGCUUACAAUGAGGAUUACACCGCCUCAUUUGCUUACCUCUCUCGCACAGUCACUACCCAAUCUAACACAGUCAGUACCCCAGUCCGUGCCCAAUCUAACACAGUCAGUACCCCAGUCUGUGCCCAAUCUAACACAGUCUGUACCCCAGUCCGUGCCCAAUCUAACACAGUCUGUACCCCAGUCCGUGCCCAAUCUAACACAGUCUGUACCCCAGUCCAUGCCCAAUCUAACACAGUCAGUACCCCAGUCCGUGCCCAAUCUAACACAGUCAGUACCCCAGUCAGUGCCCCAGUCAGUGCCCAAUCUAACACAGUCAGUACCCCAGUCAGUGCCCAAUCUAACACAGUCAGUACCCCAGUCAGUGCCCAAUCUAACACAGUCAGUACCCCAGUCAGUGCCCCAGUCAGUGCCCAAUCUAACACAGUCAGUACCCCAGUCAGUGCCCAAUCUAACACAGUCAGUACCCCAGUCAGUGCCCAAUCUAACACAGUCAGUACACCAGCCUCCAAAAGACUUGCUGCUUACAAUGAGGAUUACACCGCCUCAUUUGCUUACCUCUCUCGCACAGUCACUACCCAAUCUAACACAGUCAGUACCCCAGUCCGUGCCCAAUCUAACACAGUCAGUACCCCAGUCCGUGCCCAAUCUAACACAGUCAGUACCCCAGUCCGUGCCCAAUCUAACACAGUCUGUACCCCAGUCCGUGCCCAAUCUAACACAGUCUGUACCCCAGUCCGUGCCCAAUCUAACACAGUCUGUACCCCAGUCCAUGCCCAAUCUAACACAGUCAGUACCCCAGUCCGUGCCCAAUCUAACACAGUCUGUACCCCAGUCCAUGCCCAAUCUAACACAGUCAGUACCCCAGUCCGUGCCCAAUCUAACACAGUCAGUACCCCAGUCAGUGCCCAAUCUAACACAGUCAGUACCCGAGCCACUAAAAUACUUGCACCCAAACCCCCCACCCUCUCUCCUGUAAUCAAUCCCUCAGCCGGAACCCCCUCUUGCACACUUUCCCCUUCAACUAGCCACGUAUCUCGGGCUUACACGCUCUCAGCAACCACUCCUCCCACCCAUUCUGUAACUACAUUGUACACUUCGUUCUCCAUGUCAAGCGACUCUUCUACCAGGUCUUCCCCCUCAGUUCGCAGACUAUCUCCGGUGUACUCCCCCUCGACAGGUGCCUUCUCUCGUCCACUGUCUGCCCCAACAAGGAAUAUUAGUGAGGGUCCAUCCAGAGCUCCAACUGCUUCGAAACAUAGAACGGACACAAACGGAAAAAACAAGUGCCUUCUACAAUAGCAAUAGCCUGUAUUGGUAUGGGCAGUAAAAAGUUAUGUUAAUAGAAAAUGCCUAAAAAACUAACAGAGAUAUUAACUGUAACAGUUCCAGCCCAACAGGACCGUUUGCCAUGUCUGUUGUGUUUUGUCCUGUCCUGCCCUCUUCUGGUCUUCUGUUGUAGUUCAUGUCCUUAUUUGGUGUUUUUCCGCUCAACUGUUUUGUGUUAGCUCAUCAGUAUGUGUAUUUAUUUCAGUCCCUGUCAUUCAUUAUUCAUUGUUAAGUGUAUGCCAGUUCUGUGUCCUGAUUGCGUGGAGCCAUUCGCUCAUUCCUUUCUAGAUCGUAUCCUUUUAUGUUCUAGGUUUAUUCCAGCGCUUUGUUUGAAUAAAAAUCAUCUUCCUUUU